AUGGCCAAGAAGGGCGGCGGCGCCGGGGAGAACAGCAAGAAGGCUGCUGGGCAAGCCAGAAAGGCCGAGGCUGCAGCCAACAAGAAGGCGGCCGAGGACUCCAAGAAGGCUGCAGUAGAAGACGCCGAAUGGUCAAAGGGUUCGAAGAAGGCCAACGCCAAAAAGGAGGAGGAGGCAGCCAAGAAGGCCGAGGCCGCGCGCAAGAAGGCAGAGAGAGAUGCGCUGCUCGCCGAGGAGGAGAAGAACACGCCCGGUAGAUCGGCGCCCAAGAAUGCCAAAUCGGCUCAGAAGAAGACGAGGGGCCUUGACAGCGCUCUGGACUCGCUUGACUCUGGGGAGCCUGGUGACCGCAAGCUGGCAACCCUGAACGCGUCUGGCCUUGACAAUGCUCUGGACGCGCUCGAGAUCACUAACACCAACAACAAAGCCAAGAUUGAUCGGCACCCCGAGAAGCGCGUACCAGCAGCGUGGGAAAAAUACUGGGUGCGUAGGCAGAAGGAGCUCAAGGCUGAAGGUUUCCUGGCACUCGGAGGGAACGACCUCAUGUCUGUCAGGCCUAAGAUCUGGAAGGAGUUUCAAAAGUCGCCUGAGAACCCCAUGAACCAAGUCCACGCUACCUACAAUAUGACACAGGAGGAGCUCGCAGAGAUCCGAGCACAGGAGAAGAGCAAGACUGAGAAGAGGCUUGCCGAGGCUUAA